UAUAGUGUAUAUAUAUAAUCUCUAAAUCUCCUGACCAAAGCCAUGAAUUUGAACUCUCACUCCUUAAGCUUUUCACAACAAAAAUCCAACAUGAGUGGCAAUCCAUAUUCAUCCUUUCUGCUUCACUUGUUCUUAUGCCUAUCUGUUCUAAUGGUCCGGGCCAAAUCCGACCCAGAUCCGAUACAGGACUACUGCAUUGCUGAUAAUAGAAGCCCACAACCUUUCUUCAUCAACGGAAAGCCUUGCAUCGACCCAAAUCAAGCGAGCUCCUCACAUUUCGUCACGUCUGCUCUGUCAAAGCCCGGUAACACAAAAACCAACCGUUAUGGGUACAAUGCCACACUCACCAACACGGUUAACUUGCCUGGGCUCAACACAUUGGGCCUGACUCUGGCCCGUAUCGAUAUAGCGGGUAAUGGCCUAUAUCCGCCUCACUCCCACCCACGGGCCUCGGAGGUGACAACUUGCCUCAAGGGGAUCCUUCUUGUGGGCUUUGUGGACACGUCCAAUCGUCUUUUCACACAACAGCUUAAGCCCGGUGAGUCGUUUGUGUUCCCAAGAGGCCUGAUCCACUUUAUAUACAAUAUAGAUUCAUUGGGCCCAGCAAUGACCCUUUCUGGGCUCAGUAGCCAGAACCCAGGUACGCAAAUUGCUUCACUUGCCACAUUCACAUCAAAUCCUCCAAUUCCAGACUUUAUAAUGAAGAAGGCUUUUCAGAUUUCGGACUCAGAUCUUGCCAAGAUUAGGAAGAACCUCGCUGAUUGAUUGAGUGCAUUAUCAAGUGGUUAUAUUUCUUUGUCAACAAAUGGCUAUAUUUUUAUUAUAAUAAUGAUUUAUGCAAAGAAUAUUGAUGAAUCAAUGUAUUGUAGAUAAAACUAUCAUUGUAUUUAUUUGCCAUUUUUGUUAUAUAUAAAGUUUUAUACAGUUCAGCUCAAUCUGUAACUUGGAAAUAGGCGUGGAAGCACAACAAAAUUAUACUUUUGGGAUCACCUAUUCAUUAUAA